GCCAUUGCGUGAGAGAGUUUUGCUACCCGGCCUGUUUCGGAGUGAAGACUCUUCCUCUCCCGUUCAGCCUUGCAGGUUGCAGUUGACCAAAGAGAUGGUUAUGGAGAAGCCAAGUCCCCUGCUGGUCAGGCGGGAAUUUGUGAGACAGUAUUAUACUCUGCUGAACCAGGCACCAGACAUGCUGCAUAGGUUUUAUGGAAAGAACUCAUCUUAUGUCCAUGGAGGUUUAGAUUCCAAUGGGAAACCAGCUGAUGCUGUCUAUGGACAAAAAGAAAUCCAUCGAAAGGUGAUGUCCCAAAAUUUUACAAAUUGUCACACCAAGAUUCGUCACGUGGAUGCUCAUGCUACUCUCAAUGAUGGUGUUGUGGUCCAGGUGAUGGGAUUGCUGUCUAAUAAUAAUCAAGCAUUUCGGAGAUUCAUGCAGACAUUUGUACUUGCACCAGAGGGUUCUGUUGCAAAUGAAUUCUACGUUCAUAAUGACAUCUUUCAGUACCAAGAUGAGGUUUUUGGUGGUUUUGUCACUAAACCCCAAGAAGAAUCUGAGGAAGAAGUAGAAGAACCAGAGGAAAGACAGCAGACUCCUGAAGUAGUUGCUGAUGACUCUGGAACUUUUUAUGACCAGACUGUCAGUAAUGAUCUGGAGGAGCACCUAGAGUAGCCUGUUGUGGAGCCAGAACCAGAGCCGGAACCAGAACCUGAGCAAGAAGCUGAACCUGAAAUUCAUGAAGAAAAGUCUGAACCAGUUUUGGAAGAGCCUGUAUCUGAGGAGACACAAAAGAGUUCAUCUCGUCCUAUGGAUUCUGCUCCAGCAGCACAGGAGGACUUAAGAACAUUUUCCUGGGCAUCUGUGACCAGUAAGAACCUUCCACCUAGUGGAGCUGUUCCCAUGUCUGGGAUACCACCUCAUGUUGUUAAAGUACCAGCUUCACAGGCUCGUCCAGAAUCAAAACCGGAAUCUCAGACACCACCACAGAGGCCCCAGAGAGACCAGAGAGUGAGAGAACAACGAACUAAUACCCCACCUCAGAGGGGACCCAGACCAAUCCGUGAAGGUGGUGAACAGGGUGAUAUGGAUACGAGGAGAAUUGUGAGAUAUCCAGACAGUCACCAGCUUUUUGUUGGAAAUCUUCCACACGAUGUGGACAAAGCAGAACUAAAAGAUUUCUUCCAAAGUUUCUGUGUUUCGUUCAAAGGUUAUGGGAAUGUUGUGGAACUUCGAAUUAAUAGUGGUGGAAAGUUACCCAAUUUUGGUUUUGUGGUGUUUGAUGACCCAGAGCCAGUUCAGAAGAUCCUUGGCAGCAGACCCAUCAUGUUCAGAGGUGAGGUGCGUUUAAAUGUAGAGGAAAAGAAGACGCGAGCUGCCAGAGAAGGUGAUCGUCGAGAUAACAGACCACGUGGACCAGGAGGCCCACGUAGUGGGCUAGGUGGUGGAAUAAGAGGGCCUCCUCGUGGAGGAAUGUCCCAGAAACCAGGAUUUGGAGUCGGAAGGGGGAUUGGUCAACGUCAAUGAAUUUGGCACAGAUCUUCACAUGAUGGCACAAACCUUUGCUCCUGCAGUGUUGUGAAUUUCAGCCUUGGGUAUCUUGGAAUGUGACCCUAGCCUGUUAUAUAGACUGCCUACGUUUGAUACAAUUUCAGGCCCUU